UGUCGGCUUGUCACAAAGUUAACGUUGUUCAUUUCUCACUCUUCCCACCCAUUGCUCCUCUCUCACACAUGGAACACAGUAAAAACCCCAGAUGGCGUUUGGACGGAAUGACAGCUCUCGUCACCGGCGGUACACGUGGCAUCGGCUAUGCUGUGGUGGAGGAACUGGCGGCGUUAGGGGCGGUGGUCCACACUUGUUCUCGCAAUGAGUCUGAACUUAACCAACGGUUACAAGAAUGGUCACUGAAGGGGUUCAGUGUAACUGGGUCCGUCUGUGAUGUAGCUUCUCGUCACCAACGAGAAGUUUUGGUCGCUAAAGUCUCGUCGCUGUUCAAUGGCAAGCUCAAUAUCCUAGUAAACAAUGCCGGUACUGCAUAUACGAAACCUACUAAAGAGUAUACUGCAGAAGAAUAUUCCAUGCACAUGGCUACCAAUUUGGAAUCUUGCUACCAUAUGUGUCAACUUGUACAUCCUCUUCUAAAGAUUUCUGGAGUUGGAAGCAUUGUGUUCAUUUCCUCAGUUGCAGGUCUGAUUCAUGUUGCUGUUGGAUCGGUUUACAGUGCCACUAAAGGUGCAUUGAAUCAACUUACAAAGAAUUUAGCGUCCGAGUGGGCGAAAGACAACAUUCGGACAAAUUGUGUAGCACCAUGGUUUGCUAAAACCUCGCUUAUGGAACCUGCACUUGAUAAUAAGGAGUUUCUGGAUCAAGUGGCAUCUAGAACGCCGCUUAAACGCUUUGCAGAAGCCAAUGAAGUUUCAUCUUCGGUUGGCUUCCUUUGCCUACCGGCUGCUUCUUAUAUUACCGGCCAAACCAUUGAUGUUGAUGGAGGAUUUACGGUCAACGGGUUCCCCUAAGGGUAUCAUGAUGCAUGAGGUUGUGCCUGAUGUUCAAGGUUUAAUAUUAAGCAGUCCUAUUUGUAUUAUGAGGUAUUGUUUUUAACUGUUUGCUUUAACCACCAAAAAUAUUUGUAGAAAUACAAUAAAUAAAUAAACUUACACCAAUCUAUACACUU